AUGGAAGUUCCACCCAUCGUACAACGACCGCCGCUGAUCUGCACGUACAACAUUCAAAAAUUCUCAAAGCAGUCGGCGCUCCCUAGUGACGGCAUUUGCGACCAGAUAUACCUGGACUCUCUAUGCAGAGCUCCACCCUGCAGCGUACCAUGGACCCCUACAGGAGUGACCACAGAAUUUCUCGACGUUGCUAAAAUGGCAAGAACCGGCGGGAACAAAACAAGGCUGGGCCUGGCUUUCGACGCCCAUGCCAGUAACGGCUUAUCGAUCUUCAGCAAUGGCGACGAUAAGAAAAGAAUUACCGAGGAGCUGUGGAAUACUUACAAAUGUUCCCACUAUGCAAGUCUUGACCAUAACAUUCGCUCAUUUACCAGCCCGGCGGCGGCAUCGCGAUUAUGGAACGAAUUGCUGUUCUUAAGGACUCAUGUGAAGAGCCUCAGUGGAGUUCAAGACGAUUUCGGCCUGGUGCUGGGUAUCUUAAGUACGGACAUACCAAAGAUGAUUGCAAAAGUGCUUGACGACUACGAUAGAAAACCCCCGUACCUUACUAAUUUCGUUAUCAUCAGCCACACAUCGUUCGAAAACUACGCCUUGGCACCAUACGGUGAUACAGCCAGCUUUGAUUUGACGAACUGCUAUAUUGUGCCACCUACUAUACAUAAUUACAGCAGCCACUACAACCAGACCUACUACACCACUUUGGCGGACUCAAGGAAGUUCCUUAAAAAACUUCUCAAUGCGACUCAGACGGUUCCGACUGCUGUUUCAGUGACGCUGAAGGGCCGCUGGUUUACGUCAAAAGCUCCCGUAGACCAAAACAGGGACCUUUUCAAGAAGUGCACGAAAUUCAACGAAACCACGGAAGCAGCACCGCACUCAAUGUGUGCCUUCAAGGAGCGAGUCAAAGAUUUAAAAUUCAGCUUCGCCGUGUACGACAUCGAUGCGGACGAGUCCUCGAACCCGUGCCCAAAGGUACAAUACACGGGCCAGUACAAUAGGCUGAAGCUGCUCCGUAAGCUGGCGGACUUCAUGGAAAACUACACCAACAAGCAGGACUGCGAAAGUGUUUCCUAG